GACAAUGCUCUUGGGUUGAUGCACCUCCGCAAACUGUUCAUGGAGUUUUGCCACCCAAAGCAGAGCAUGUCACCUGCAGAGCAAGAAGACAAGCUUUAUAACAUGUUGCCUUUGUUUUGUAAGGUCUUUGGUAGCAGCCCUUCAAGUGAGAUGGAGAAGUUUGGAGAUAUCCUUCAGUUUUGUAGCUAUGUCUCUAAGCUAAUGGUAACAGAAGUCAGAAGAAGGGCAUCAAAUCAAUCUACUGAGGCAGCCAGUCAAGCGAUCGUGAAAUUCCUUGAGAUUGAGAAUACAGAGGAGGCAAGUAAUGGAUGGAUGCUGUUAACCACACUCAACCUUCUCGCAGCUGGUAAUCAUAGUAUGGUUGAAGUGAUGGUUUCUGUCUCAGUUCCUUCUACACUAGUCAAGUGUCUCUACCUGUUCUUCGAUCUCCCAUCUGUAGUUGAGGAGCAGAAAGGCGAGGCACCAGAUUCAGAUUUCACACCAACAGAGAGAAGAAUUCUCCUCCAGAAAGUUUUCUCACAGGUUAUGGUGCGCUUGUGCAGUCAUGAACCUCCGUGUGAAGAGUUGGCACGGAAGGACGAUCUUACACUGCUGUUCAGUGCAAUAACCAGCUGGUGUCCACCUCACAACAGACCAUGGAGGCAGGCUGCAGCAGAGGUUCUCAUGACACUAUCCAGGCAUGGCCUGACCCCGAUGCUUGUUCAGUACAUACAUAGCAAGGGAUGCAUGGCAAUGUGUGUGGAUAACAUGCAGCGCACACAGGACCUUUCACCACUCGAGAUAGUGGAGAUGUUUGUCUCGGUAUUCUGCUUCUUAAAAGACUCAAGUGAAGUGUCACAGACUCUGAUGGAUGAUUUCAGGCAGUGCCAGGGCUACAUUUUUCUUUCGGAGUUUUUGCUGAGGUUGGAACAGGACAGAAAGCAGGAAACUGCUGAUGCUCUUCGCAAUCUGGUGUUGUUGGUAUCGUCACUGUCACUGUGUGGUUAUGUGGAGCUGCGACCUACACAGGCUAGCACUGGAUCUCUCUACCAGAUGCCUGGCUUCUCAUUGCCGCAGCCAUCAGGGAAUGGACUAAGUGUUCGAAAUAUACAAGCAUUCCAAGUUCUGCAGUCUGUCUUUCUCAAAGCUCAGUCAACACCGUUGUGCUGUGCCAUUCUUGAUGCAAUAAGCAGCGUCUACCACUCAGACAGUGUCAACUACUUUAUUCUGGAGCCACAGCACACACUCUCACAAUUCGUAGAGAAGAUUCACUUGAAAGCUGCAGAAGUACAGGAAAAGUUCUUUGAGAUGCUGGAAUUCAUCGUCUUUAAUCUGAAUUUUGUUCCCUGUAAAGAACUCAUUAGUCUCAGCAUACUUAUCAAAACUCAGCAGUCAGCCAAAUGCAGUAUUCUGUGCAUGAGAACACUGCUGAAGGUGCUUCGCCACAAUAGUAUUUUCAAAGACGUUUACCGUGAAGUAGGACUGCUGGAGGUCAUGGUCACCUGCUUGCAUCGCUACGCAUCUUUGCUCAAAGAACAGAACAAUGAAGGUGACUCGAGAGUUGAGGAGGAUGAGGUGAUUGACUGGCCAAGGGCUCCUGAAGAGUGCAUCAUAGACAGGGGCAUGGCUGCAUCUGCAUGUGUAGCUGAUGCAUGUUCCGACAUUAGUGCCAACAUGCUUGCUUUACCACUGCAUGAUGCUGAUCUAGAUAGACCUAAACAAGUUACAGACAUCCCAGAGGACCUUAAAUCUCUAGGAUUUCUUGUGAUGGAUGCUCUUACUCUUCUUCUCAGCAACAACUCAAGCAAUGCCAGUGUUUUCCGUGAGUGCGGUGGAGCACGAUGUGCACACAACAUGGUUCCUUAUGUUGAAUGCCGGCAGCAGUCCCUGGGAAUUGUACAGCAGCUGGUGAUGUCAUCCGGUGGCGACGAUGAUAUGGGAACGCUACUGGGCCUUAUGCACACUGCACCACAGAUGUGUUUGGAUCUCAAAAACCACGUUCUCAGGUCACUGCUGACAGUGUUACGCGAGAGCCACAGGACAAGAACUGUGUUCAGAAAAGUUGGCGGGUUUGUCUACGUCAUGUCUGUGCUCAUAUCUAUGGAAGGUUGCCUAGCUACACCACCAAAGUCUCCUUGGGAACAUGCGGACCGCAAGGAGGUAUUGGGGUUGCUGAAGACAGUGUUCAACACACUGACAGUGGCUAUGCGGUUUGAGCCGGCCAACGCGAAAUUUUUUGCAACAGAGAUCUGCUACAGUCGGCUCACAGAUACUGUGCGCUUACUUGGAUGUUUUUCUAGUCGUAUCCCUACCCACAGUGUCGAAUUCCUCCAGGAAGAAACUCAUGACACGUCGGUUUUUGAAGGAAUAUUUUUAGGAGCCAGAGAUGCCAUAGAGGAGGCCAGGGUCCCCUGCGAUCUAGUGAUGGCAUGUGUGAUUAUCAGAUACCUCUAUGAUAUGGCACUGGAUAGCUUUGAUCGAUCAGUAUACCCAAGUUCACAAUCUCCAAGCCCAAGAAGGCGACCUGUAUCUGAAUUUAAAGUAACCUCACCUCAGGAUGCUGAAUCACCCAGCAACAAACGCGCAAGUACAGGCACGAUAGGGCUCCCACUUCUUCCAACACCACCCGAUCCAAUAGUGGUGCAUCCUGGUGUCAUACUGUCUAUACUCGGCUUAAUGAAUGCUGUGGGGAAUGAUACAUGUACAAAGGAGAUGCUAGCACUGCAAGUGUACGUGUCCGAAAUUCUCAAGUCGCUCGUCCGCAGUGAGCGUAACCAGCAGGUAGCUUGUGAGGUAGGAUUGCCACAUGAGCUGCUAGAGCAUUGUGGUGUAGCACUGGCAGAUGAGUCCCAUCUUCUCCAUCCUGCACUGCAGUACAUGUUUGAAAGGCUAGCCGCACAGUCGCUAGACCCACGUGACCUCAGAACAUUUCUACGCAUGGCAUCACCAUUAAACUGUGUGCCAAUGGAUGAAGGCUCGCAGCCAAUCGGUGAAGGCGAGAAGAGCAAUAAAACGCAGCCUGAUACUCGAGAGCGACAAAAAGGUGGUGGAGGCCCUGUUAAGCUGACACGUGUAAAGUGUCUAGUUUCCAUGACAACACCACGGGACUUUAGACUCCAUGGAGCAUCCAUUAUGCCAGGCUUUGUUGAACUGGACAUGUCUGCAGAAGGAUUCGGCUGCAUAUUCAUCCCUAGUUUGGCACCACAAAGUAUGAAUGUGCCAGCAGUAGUGGGAGGUGGCAUUGUAGGAGCAUCUGAAAGUAACAUCAUCGGUGGAGUCGGGUUAGGGGACCGCAUGUUUCCGUCUCAGAAUGGGUUCACAUACUCGUCGUGGUUGUGUGUGGACAAGUUUAGCUCUCCCCUGCAAGAUCCACAUCCUGUUAGACUGCUCACACUUAUCCGUAACAUGUUCGGACGAGAAGAGCAUCUGGUGUGCCUGAACAUACAUCUGUCAGCACGAGACCGUGCAAUGUUUGUGUCUACGGCCGAAACAGUUCUACCCCAGCAAGGGGACUCUGCAUCUCUGGCUGAUCCACCACUAAGUGAUGAUGUGGUCAGGUUUUGGUGUCCAGAGCUCAUCCAGGAGGGUCAGUGGCACCACAUUGUGUUGGUGUUGAAUCGGGCUGUGCUGAAGAAUAGCUCUGUGUCACUCUAUGUCGAUGGACAACUCCUAAACACGCAAAAGCUGCACUACAUCAGUCAAAACCCUGGUGGGGGAGCUGCGAAUCUCACUGUAGCCUCGUCAGUGUACGGCUUUAUAGGAACAACACCUACUCAGCGUCGCCUAUCCCGGCUUGUGUGGAAACAGGGACCUUGUCACCUUCUUGAGGAGGUGAUGUCUAAUACUACAGUUCAACAAAUGUACAAGCAAGGACCAAACUAUGUGGGCUCUUGGCAAGCACCUGUGAUAAAUGAAAAUGAAUUGAUUGGAGCACUAGUUGCCGAGGAGAAGAUUCUGCUAGGUCUUCAUUCGUAUGCUGUAUGUACAAUGACAAUCGCCAAGAUCAGGAAAAUCUACAACAAAAUAGAUAGCAAGGCUAUAGCCAAACAGCUAGGCAUGUCAUCACAUGAAAAUGCCACACCAAUCCACGUGCUGCGUAACUCAGCAGGACACCUCAGUGGUCCUGCCCGUAGUCUGGGUGGGGUGCUCAUUGGGUAUCUCGGUGUGCGCACCUUCUGUCCAAAGCCAGUCGCAAAGACACUUGACAAUGUUGGUGGUGCGUCAGCGUUGCUGGGCCUCAUUGCGAUGGCCAAAGAUGUGGAGGGGUUGUACGCUGCUGUCAAGGCCCUUGUGUGUGUGGUGCGGAGUAACAGGGCUGCAGCAUUGGACAUGGAUCGAGCGCGGGGUUACCAGAUACUGGCCAUGCUCUUCAAGAAAAAAAGACAGUUUCUGAACAGCCACAUCCUUCAUCUGACGUUCUCCCUGGUGGGUACUGUAGACAGUGGGAGAGAGAGUACAACCAUUCCAAAUGUGACGGCAUUUGAGGACCUGCUAUGUGACCUGGAGGUAUGGCACGAUGCGCCAUGUGAUUUGCAAAGGUCCUUGUACGAGCACUUCUAUGAUCUGGUCACGGAAUCUGGUUCAAGAGAGUUCAGAACAAACCUGAAGCUGUUAAGAGAACUCGGCAUGGUGCAGAAGCUGCUGCACAUAUUGCGCGAUCCAUCAUUGUCAGAUGCCACGAUCAAGAUCAUUGCCAUGGUGCUGGGUACCUUGCUGCACAACACUCCAAGAGUAAAUGACGUCCAGAGGUUUGGACAGUUCGUUGUCUCGUUGCUGCCACCGCACUCUGCCAUUGAGCGUCACCUAAAUCUAGAAGCAACUAACGACGAGUCCUCAACUCCAGAUGGAUCAAGUGAUGGUGCUUACGUGUCGGCAAGAUCCAUUAGAUUGAGGAACAAGUUGUUGCUACUUGUGCUGUCAUUCAUACAACCUGGCAACUGCCAGUAUAUGUGUGACGAGUUGGCUCACAGCCUGGGUCACGACUGGGUGAUGUUAUGCAUGCAGCCUCAUCUGCACCACUCCACCGUAGUCCUGGGCCUACGCAUCCUCAUCUUGUUGCUUAGCAACCCUGCAGCAAUGCUGAAGUUUCGUGAUGGCACUGCCUGUGGAGGUUGGCUCGAUGACACAGAAGCAGUGCUUCAGAAUAGGAUGGGAGUUGUGCUAGGCUUCAAUGUUGGUGGUGGAGGAAACAGACCUGACAACAGGGAAGUAAACAGGGAGGUGUGUCAGACACCUGGCUUCUACGUACUGCAGAGUCUCCUCCCUAAGCACACAGGAACUCCGGAAAUCUACUUCCUCCUCAUGUCGUUUCUCCUGCAGCAGCCUGCUAAAGACAUCACGAAGGGGGAGCUACAGUUUGAUCUGGACAACAUCUGGAAGUUCGUCUUUGGGGUGACAUGUAGUCAGAAUGUGUCUAUGAUGGCAGCUAAAGCAGACGUGUGUCCAGAAGCAGCCAUGGUGAUACUGUCUAUGGUUAGGAACAUGCUGAACCAGGAAAGCAAAAUCGAUGAGUGCGCGUGGCUGCUGGACUACCCUAUCACAAUCAUCCAGUUUAUGUUGUUCCUCUACCACCACGUGCCAGCGUUUACUCAGGUGGCCAUGUCUGCAGACUUCCUCUGCUCUCUGGCAUCUACGCUGUUCCCGUACAAGGCCUCAUCGGAAGGGAACAGCGAGGUGAUCACACCUACAGAGGAGUAUAAGGUUGAUCCAUUAUCAGAAGGUCUGCUGAUUGUCAGGACCUGUGAAGGGCCAAACGGAGCCAGCAAUCUCACAGCGCAUCCUGCCAGAAAGUUUGUGAUCGACCUAAUGAGAGUGAUUGUAAUAGACAGCCUGAGCCUCCCACCUGCUGUGAAGGGCACACCUGUGUUGGAUUACCUGCUAGAGGCAGCUCCAGAGUUAUCGACUCGCAGUCAGCAGCGAGAGUUCCAGACUGCGUUGCUCAGCAUCCUGAUGGAUCACCUGCUAGCAGCUGAUGCGCUGCUGGGCGAGCAAGCUGCUCUGCCCAUAGCACAAGGAGGAAGCCACACACACCUGGCCAGCAACGUGUUCUACUUUGCUACCAGGGUUGUGGACAAGUUGUGGCAAGGAGUCUUCCAUAGAGAUCCAGCAGAGGUAUUUGACUUCAUCCUAAAACUUAUCACCCAAGCAAAGCGGCGCUCUCUGAGUGGCAUUGCAAUGGAUGGGAUUUACCACUGCCUUAAUAGAGUUAUUCUCUAUCAGUUAUCUCGACCUUCCUCGACUGUAACAGAGCAAAUGAAUCUAUUGGAAGCACUCCACAAGCUUACCAGCAAUCGUACCCUCAUCUUUGGUCCAGGCAACUACGAGUCUGAGUUCAUCGGCUGCCUUGUUUACUGCCUCAUUCAGAUUUGCGAGGAGGAGCAAAUAUCUAGCUGCUCAAGUAGACAGACAACGUGGCAUGUUGACCCCAUGGAGAUCACUGCAGAGGUCUUUCAGUCAGUCCCAGCCAAGACACCUGACCCAUCUGACGGACAUGCCCUGCUAGUGACCGCAGCCAGGCGUGUCUGGGAAGGCCUAUAUGCAUGCAAAAAACCGGUGAUUGAAGAUGUGUUUAAAGUAUCAUUGAACAUGGAAGCAGGCAGCAUCAGAGGUCAGUCAGCCCCAGACCUCAUGUCUAUUCAACCCCUGGUCAGUGACGCAGCUAACAAACUAUGGCUCUUCUAUGUGGAAAAUGAGAGGAAGGCUCUGAUUGGUGAACCGAUUCAGCUUACCUCACAGCUACAGUCCAUGAGCAGCAAACUAGUGAGAAUGGGAAGCGGAAUGACUCGUCUGGUACGUGGAAGGCAGCGCAGAGAUUUUCCCAUCCGCAUCUUCAAUACAUCCUUGCAGGACUAUAACAUGUGUACGUAUACACACGUGUCUAUUGUUCGUGACUUGGUGGAUAUGAGGCACAAGCAGUACCAGCAAAGCCAAGAGCACAUGCAGCAGUAUGUUCUAGAUGAGUGGACUCAGAUGGAGACAGAUCUGACCAGGGAGCGUGGCUUGUGGGGCCCACCUAUAGGCAGUGUCCUGGACAAGUGGAUGUUGGACAUAACCGAAGGGCCAUGCCGCAUGCGUAAGAAAUUGAUGGCAAAUGAUAAGUUCUUCCUCCUGUACCCACACAGACAUGAUCAUGAUGCAGUAGAUGUGCCGGCAAGCACACGAAAAUACAAGCAUCCAGUAAGUUAUGACAGUCGACUGUACGCUGAGAGAUGCUACAAACAGAUGAUGUUUGAGCGUGAGGAGCAGAGUGUUUUUCCAGUUCAGAGCACCGACAGCUCAAGCGCAUGUCUGGAAAUGGAGAAGUUCGAGGAGAUAGGCCAGAAAACAGCCAGAUUGUUGACAUCGUCUCAAACACCGAAGAGAGCUGACAACGAGGAUGAUGACAUCGAUGCAGCGACCGACGCCAGUAGUGAAGUACACCUACUGUCGCCAGAGUCUGGACCAGCAGACAGCAGUAAUGGCUCACACACCACCGAGGUCUCCCAGGAAGAACAGCACGGACAGCAGAGUAACAAUCCAGACAACCAGACUCUGCUACGAUUGCUGGAUGAGGGAGAGAAGAUUAGACACAUGUUCCGCUGUGCACGUAUAGAAGGCCUAGACACAUAUGAGGGACUUCUACUAUUUGGCCAAGGGCACUGGUAUAUAGUGGAUGGCUUCACUCUUCUCCGAAGCCAUGAGAUUAGGGAGAUAGACUGCAUACCAGCUGAAUUGCAUGACCCGAUAAUACCAAUGAAGGCACACUGUCCAAGCUCUAGUAAAAGUCACAGCAAAUUCACCUAUGAGGAUAUUCGUGAAGUUUGCAAGAGAAGGUACUUGCUGCAGCCCACUGCGCUCGAGGUUUUCUCUGUAGACGGUCGCAACCAGCUGCUCGUCUUUCCUCGUAAGGUGCGCAAUAAGGUGUACGAGCGCUUUAUGUCCGUCGCCACCAGCAUCACAGACAGCGCGCACCAGUCGGUGUCGGGGCAGAAGCGCAACGCGACCGUCGAGCCUGGCACCGGACUGCUGAGCUCCCUCAUCGGCGAGAAGUCGGUGACGCAGCGGUGGGAGCGCGGAGAGAUCAGCAACUUUCAGUACCUCAUGCACGUGAACACGCUCGCCGGCCGCUCCUACAACGACCUCAUGCAGUACCCGGUGUUCCCGUGGAUUCUCGCCGACUACGACUCCGAGGAGCUCGACCUGAACAGCCCGGCCACGUUUCGCGACCUCUCGAAGCCGAUGGGAGCGCAGAGCCCCGAGCGCCUGCAGCAGUUCAAGAAGCGCUUUGUGGAGUGGGACGACCCGCACAGCGAGACGCCGCCGUAUCACUACGGCACGCACUACUCGUCGGCGAUGAUCAUCGCGUCAUACCUCGUGCGCAUGGAGCCGUUCACGCAGCACUUCCUGCGACUGCAGGGCGGACACUUUGACCUUGCCGACCGCAUGUACCACAGCGUGAAGGAGGCGUGGCUAUCGUCAAGCAAGCACAACAUGGCCGACGUCAAGGAGCUCAUACCGGAGUUUUUCUACCUGCCCGAUUUCCUGACGAAUUCGAAUAACUUUGACCUGGGUGUGAAGCAGAGUGGAGUGGUGCUCAGCGAUGUUGUGUUGCCGAAAUGGGCCAAGAAUGAUUCGUCAGAGUUCAUACGAGUCCAUCGUCAGGCAUUGGAGUGUGACUAUGUCAGUGCUCACCUGCAUGAGUGGAUAGACCUGAUCUUUGGCUACAAACAGCAAGGGUCAGCAGCAAUGGAAGCCAGUAACGUGUUUCACCACCUGUUCUAUGAGGGAGCUGUGGACGUCUACAAUAUAACCGAUCCACUGCAGAAAAGUGCCAUUAUUGGCUUCAUCAACAACUUCGGUCAGAUACCAAAGCAGCUUUUUAGGAAACCUCAUCCUGCAAAAAAGGUCAGUCGUUCAUUUCCUGACCGGGCAAUGGAUGUGUCACCUGCUGUCACUGUGUCAUCAGAUAGACUCUUCUUCCACAACCUAGACAUUCUUAAGCCUUCUAUGCAACCAGUGAAAGAGCUGAGAGGUGCAGUAGGACACAUCGUACACAGUGACAAAACCGUACUGGCAGUUGAGCAAAACAAGGCACUCAUUCCUCCUGUAUACAAUCACUACAUCGCAUGGGGGUAUGCAGACAUGAGCAUUCGUGAGGGGGUCUAUGGCAGCGAUAAGGCAAGCCAUGCCUAUGAAUUAUACUACACUGGGGAAGUGCUUUGUGCAGCAUGUCCUAAUUCGAGGCUGGUUAUCACUGGGCACACAAGUUCGGUCGUACGAGUGUGGGAGGUCGCCAAAGCUCAGGGGAAAAAGCAGCUGAUGCUGAAGAGGUCGUUGUACGGACACACGGAAGCAGUAACGUGUGUGGCAGCGUCGCUCGCGUACAAUGUGAUUGUAAGCGGUUCACGUGAUCAAACCUGCAUCAUGUGGGACAUGAACCGCCUGCUGUUCAUUCGGCAGCUGUGUGAUCAUGGGGCUCCUGUAGCCUGUGUCAGCAUUAAUGAACUAACGGGAGACAUUGCUACAUGUGCUGGACCCCACCUCAACCUCUGGAAUAUUAAUGGGCAGAAAAUCGCUGAUGUCAAUACAGCAACAGGGCGAAAUCAGCAGAUACUCUGUGUGGCUAUGUCGCAAGUGAUGGAGUGGGAUCCGGAGAAUGUCAUAAUGACUGGGUCUAGUGAUGGCGUGGUGCGCAUGUGGAUGGUAGAGUUUGUACAGGUCCCAGACGAGAACAGCAGACACAGGUCUGCCUCCCAGAACACACUGACGUCAGACGCUUCGAUUACUGCGGAUGAGGAUUCGGAAAGGGAGCCAGCUAUUAGUCUUUCAAGUGGCACUCGACUAAGGACGUCAGUGUCGGCGGACAGCCUGUGUUCAGAUAAGGAUAUCUGCACUGCACAUACGACCAGCCAUGACAUAGAUAUUGGUCAGCAGGCAGACUCUGUUGACAUCACACAGGAUGCAGGUGAUCGCGGACAACGUGUCAGUGAGGAAGGCUCGGUGAUGAGGCCUCAAGCUUCGACCACCAACAACGUGGAAGCGUUGAUGAGACCAGUUGUGCAGACAAUUGUAGAUGGUGCUCCUGUUGGGCUGACAAUGGGGAGUGCAUGCUCAACGGCGAUUGACAGUACGGUGGCGGUGGUUCCCUGUGUGACUGAGAGCAAACUGGGUGAAAAAUCUCUAACUAUGCACAAGAGUGUCUCAACUGGUAGUGAUGAUAAAGCCAAGGGUGGGCUUGAUAGACCGAAGCUAGGAAAGACGGAUCCUUCCAUUUUAAGCAGAGCCACGUCACGGAAUCGUAACACAUUAAGAGAAGGUUUCAUGUGGCAGCGACAGCUGGUGUUCCGCAGUAAGCUAACCAUGCAUACGGCCUUUGAUAGAAAGGACAAUACAGAACCUGCCGCCAUCACUGCUAUUGCUGUGUCCAGAGACCACAAAACUGUUUACGUUGGUGAUACACGAGGCAGAGUCUACAGCUGGUCAGUGACAGAUCAGCCAGGUCGUGUCAUGGCUGACCACUGGGUGAAGGAUGAGGGUGUUGAUGGCUGCAUUGGCUGUGGCACCAAGUUUUCCUUCUCUGAGCGACGACAUCACUGCCGCAACUGUGGUCAGCUUUUCUGCUCCAGGUGUAGUAGAUUUGAGUCUGAGAUCAGUCGGCUGAGGAUCAUGAAGCCGGUGAGAGUAUGUCAGCCGUGCUACAGCAGUUUGAGAGCAGCGCAACAUGGCACUGUGGGGGACGGCUCAACUUGAUUGACAGGCAGCUGUUGAUGGUACGCGUAACCCUGUAGGUACUCAUUGUAUGCUAGAAGCAGAAGCAGCCGGAUCCUAUUCUGGGAAUCGGUGGACACCGCCUUUUUCCCCCCCGAGGCACAAACCUCACAAUUGUUUGUUUUCGCGAUCUGAGCACUUUAGUCUGAAAGGGUAAUAUUUUUGGCUGUUUUAGGUUUUGUCACCAUUUAUAAAACCAUACAUCUUCCAUUGUUAUGUAGAGGCUUUAGCAGCUUACCUAUGUUGUUAAGGAGUUGGGUCGUCAUCACUACUUAGAACUAGCACAUUGGGUAGUAAUAGAUUUUACGACGUUACAAAUGGUUGUCACGUUAUGCAUUACCACCAUCAGCGAAUUGGCAAAAGUUAGGCACGAAUAUACUUGUGAAUCAUCAAGGUACCAUUUGUGUUUUGUGGGCCUUGUAUACCCUUACUUGGUUAGGACGUAAGCAUCGUUCAUUUACACAAUAAUGCACUUCUCCAGUUGAAACUGUUGCAUUCUGCUUUUCGAGAAAUUAUAGACUUUACGCAGAUUCAUGUGGCCCAGACUAUAUCAUAGCAUUCCAUAAAUGGCCCUUUCCUAGAGCUCUAACACAUUCAUAUGAUCUAGCUGCAAAAUAAUGGGUCCUUUACUUUUUAUUUAAUUAUUCUAAAAAGUGCAAUUGUUAGUGUAACUGGCGUGUAAUGCUUUGUUCCAUUAGAACAGUUUGCCGUGCAACGUUAAAAAUAUAUUAGUGAGUAUUAUGAAUAUAUAUAUAUAGUAUUGUGCAAUAUCGUAAACUAUCAUGUCCUCCUAUAAGUACUUGGUAUACAGUUAGCUCUUGUAAAAUGUAGGUAGAUUUCCAUUUAAUGGUAAGUUACUAAAUGACAUUGAAAUGGCACAGAGUAAUUGGAUACUGUUUCUAGAACCUAAACAUGUAACCAGGUAGUACUGUGAAAUUAGGCUUAAAUAUAAAUAUGUAUAUUGUUAAAAUUGAAAUGAACGCUUUAGAUAUGAAUGUAACCAGGUAAUUGAUCUUGCUUGUGCAUAAUAUAAAGAUGUAUCUAGAAAAAGGAAUUUGCGUGCGUGGAUAUUUGUAAUUAUAGUGGAACAUUCAUCCCCAUUUUCAGGCAAAGUAUGGGCAAAAUAUGAAUUGUAAUAAUGCGAUAAUGCGAUAUGAAUAAUUUAUUAGCGAUAAUGUUAAAAAGGGUAGUUUGAGUUGUGCCUUACACAACCGUAACCUAUACGGAGGGAAUCCAAAUCUAAUUUGCACAAGUUUUUUUUUAUGAUAAAUUAUUAGUGGCAUUUGUUCGUGUAGUGGAAUGUGAAAUUGGAGUGUGUGGGAUGCAUAUCAACGUUGGUGAUCUCCAUUACCAUUGCUCGAGGCGCUAAACCAUAUUACAGUGUUAAAUUCUAAAGUAUGUUCACCUUUAAAUCACUGUUUAUCAUGGAAAUAUUAAACCUACGCAUGGCUACAUGAAACGUAAUUUUUAGUAUAUAUCGUAGUGCAUAUCGUAGCAAAUAAUAGUUGUAUUUGAAGAAUGAGAAAACAUAAUUAUAUAUAUAUAUAUAUAUAUAUAUAUAUAUAUAUAGUCGCUCGUACAACUAUUGGUAUUUAACAUAACUAAGAUGCCUAACGUACGUGCAUAGAUACACUGCUGCUGCGGUUUAUGGCUUGAGGCUGUUGUAUGAUUUUCAUGAAAGUGUAUAUGUAUAUAAUAUAUAUUAUAUAGUAU